AUGACCCCAGAGAAGCAUGAACUCAUCUCGUCUCUUACGCUCGUACACUACGUCAAUUGCUUUGUCUUACUUGAAAAGAAUCAGGAGGACCUUCUUUCUGACAAGAACGACUUCAUCUGUCUUCCAAACAACGAAGAGAAUCUCUUCCGGUCAAUCGAAUUCGACCCGAUGAUACUUCGCCUUCACAGACGAAAAGCAAUCGUUUUAAAAACCACCGCAGAAAAGGGCAAAAAGUUUAAUUUCCUCACAAGAGAAGAACUCAAAAAUUGUAUCGAAAAGACAAUCAAGCGCGUUUUUGGCUUCAAUCCGAAUAUCGAAAAUUUUUCUCAGCCAACAUGGGCUGCCGAAGAAAACUUCCAGGGCUGUUACACGAAUAUGGCUUUAUGCCCGGGCAAGACAUUUGAGCAGUUUUACUCAAGUCUAAAUACUCCUCUAGUUGAUAAUUUUUACAUGAUUGGAGAAGCCUUCGACGGAGCCAAUGCUGGCUAUGCCCAUGGAGCGUAUCUAACCGGGCUCAAAUCGGCAGAACAAAUUCUGAACAAAUUGAAAGCUGGGAAUUAG